AUGAGAGGUUUAGCGUAUUUCAAAAAGGGUGAUAUUCACUUCACUGAUGAAUUGAGGGAACCGGAAAUUGAGGCAGACGAUGAGUUGAUCGUUGAUGUGGCGUUUUGCGGGAUCUGUGGGACCGAUCUUCACGAGUACACGGACGGCCCAAUUUUCAUGCCCAAAGAUGGUGAGAAAAACGUUCUUUCAAAUAAAUCUAUACCACAAGCCAUGGGCCACGAAUUCUCCGGCUACGUUGCGAAAGUUGGACCAAAAGUGACCAAAGUCAAGGUGGGAGACCGUGUUGUCGUCGAGGCUACGUGUAGUUGCGUUGACUUGCACAGGUGGCCAGAGUCCAAACAUUAUAAAACCCCGGCCUGUAAUGCGUGUAAAGACCGCUGCGACAACUGUUGCGAGUAUGCUGGGUUUAUGGGACUCGGUGUCGUUGGCGGAGCCUUUGCGGAGCGGAUAGUAACCAUCGAGCACCACGUCGUCAAGUUGCCAGAUGGGUUCCCCAUGGAUGUUGCUGCUCUGAUUGAGCCUCUGUCAGUUGCGUGGCAUGCAGCAAGAGUUUCAAAAUUCCCACCAGGUAAGUCUGCCCUAGUGCUCGGAGCGGGUCCGAUUGGUCUGGCCAUGAUUUUGGUCCUUAAGGCGCAAGGAGCCUCAAAGAUCAUUGUCUCCGAGCCUGCCACUAUGAGGAGAGAAUUGGCGGACAGGAUGCACGUUGAAACUUUCGACCCUUCCACCCAUGGUGAUAAGUCUGUAGCAAUGCUGAGGUCCAAGACUUUCGACGGUAAAGGGUUCGAUUUUGCCUUCGAUUGUUCUGGUGUCCCCGCCACGUUCAACACUGGUCUUCAGGCAGCACACUAUCGCGGUACACUCUGCAACGUCGCUAUAUGGGGGAGCGGGUUUGAUUUCAACCCAAUGGGCAUCACCCUUCUGGAAAAGGAUGUGACCGGUUCAAUUGGCUAUACCGUUCAAGACUUCGCUGAAGUCACUGAGGCCUUCAAAGAUGGCAAGAUCGACAUUGAAGAGUGCAAGCACCUAAUUACUGGCAGAUACAGGAUCGAAGAUGGUUGGGAAAAGGGUUUUCUCGAGCUGAUGAACAACAAAGCGACAAACAUCAAAGUGUUGCUGUCGCCCAAUAAUCACGGUGAACUAGAUUAG